GUCGGAGGUCCCCUUUUGCGACCAUGAUUGGGAAUGAUGGGAUGGAGCAGCUUAUCCCACUGGUGAAUAAGUUGCAGGACGCUUUCUCAUCAUUGAAUGUGCCUCUCGGCUUGGAACUCCCGCAAAUCGCUGUCGUGGGCUCUCAAAGUGCUGGAAAAAGCUCAGUCCUGGAGAACUUUGUUGGCAGGUUUGUUGUAAUUGGCACUUUAAACUUGUGUAUGCUUACAGAGACUUUUUACCGCGUGGAUCAGGGAUAGUUACUAGAAGGCCCCUCGUUCUUCAGUUAGUAUAUGAUAAAAAUAUGGUGAAUUCCUGCACCUGAAAAAUAAGAAAUUUACGAACUUUGAGGAGAUCAGACAUGAAAUCGAAGCAGAGACUGAUAGGCUGACAGGAACUAACAAAGGGAUUUCAAACAUUCCUAUCAAUCUCCGGAUUCAUUCCCCGCACGGUACUUGUCAAUAUGUCCUUUUAAUGUUCUGAUUUAAGUCCUGAACCUCACAUUAAUCGACUUACCCGGGAUGACCAAGGUCCCUGUUGGAGAUCAGCCGCCGGAUAUAGAAAUUCAAAUACGCAGUAUGAUCGUCGAGUACAUUGAAAGAGACAACUGCCUUAUCCUUGCUGUCACACCCGCAAACACUGAUCUAGCCAACUCGGAUGCUUUAAAAUUGGCGAAGGAGUAUGAUCCUCAAGGUUUGAGAACCAUUGGCGUUCUGACAAAGUUGGACUUGAUGGACGAAGGAACUGAUGCCAGAGAAGUACUGGAGAACCGGUUGCUGCCGCUACGCAGAGGCUAUGUUGGUGUGGUCAACCGAAGUCAGAGAGACAUUGACGGGAAGAAAGACAUCGCGGCUGCGUUGGCCGCAGAACGGAGGUUUUUCCUCGGGCAUCCUGGCUACCGACAUCUGGCCGACAAAAUGGGCACCCCUUACUUGCAACGCACCCUCAACCAGCAGCUGACCACUCAUAUUCGUGAUGCUCUUCCAAGUAUGCGCAACCGACUUCAAUCACAGUUGCACAACAUCGAAAAAGAGGUGAAUGAGGUCAUGGCACUAAAACCAGAUGAUCCAAGUUACAAAACUGCUGCGCUACUACGGAUGGUUCGAUCUUUCGAGACUGAAUUUACCAAUAUCAUCGAUGGCAAUCUGGGCAAUGUGGAUACACAGUCACUUUCGGGUGGUGCUGAGAUUGGACGGAUAUUCCACGAGCGCUUUCCUUACGAUAUGCUCAAGAUUCAAUUCGACGAGAAGACCCUCAGAAGGGAAAUCAGUAUCGCCAUUCAAAACAUUCAUGCUGUAAGAGCUGGCCUCUUCACUCCCGACAAGGCAUUUGAUGCAACGGUACGGAAUUUGAUCACAAUGCUCGGUCCCCCAUCCAUGCGAUGUGUCGAUUUGGUUGUAACAAAGUUGUUGGAUAUUCUUCAGCAAUGUGGCGAAAGGGUGAUUUGCAAAGGCUGGCUGAUACUCGUCAACCCGAACCUGUUUCGUGGAGGAAGUCGCUACUUCUGGUUCGUUCUGACAGCGGAGACGUUGCGCUGGUUCAAAGAUGAAGAAGAACGUGAUGUGAAAUACGUGCUUCAGCUCGAUGGCCUCAAGCAACGAACUGGUGAUACGGGGUUUUUCUCAAAGCGGCAAACUUUUGUUCUGUUCCACUCAGACUCGAAAAUGAACGUAUACAAAGAUUACAAGACAUUAGACCUAUCUGCGGACACUCAAGAAGCAGUGGAUGCCUGGAAGGCCGCACUCCUUCGUGCUGGUGUCUAUCCGGAGAAAACGGGAAGGAAGGAUGAUGACAAUAUGAGUGACAACGACGGUGAGACCAAUGACCCAAAGCUGGAGAGACAGGUUGAAAUCAUUCGCAAUUUGGUUGAUUCCUACAUGAAAAUAGUCAACAAAACCCAACGUGAUAUGGUUCCCAAGAUUAUAAUGGCUGAACUUGUCAAUGGGAACUUACUUAUGGAAGAAUCCGAAGGGGAAAAGAACCGUCGACAUGAACUGUUGCGAAUGAAUGAGGCGUUGAAACAAGCACUGGCAAUCAUACGUGAUGUGCUGUCUAACACUAAAAGUGCACCACUUCCACCUCCCGUGGAUGAUGACUGGUUGGAACCGGACACAACCCCUAAUGGACCCGCUGGCCGACGACCACCUAGCUCUGGAAAUUUCCCGGCUACUCAAGCACAUCCACCUUAUCGACCCGUUACCCCACCACUUACUACCAUGGGAGGUAGUACGCCAUCAGCUCCUGGUCGCCCGGUACCUUCGCGACCCGCUCCCAACCUACCUUCACGCGGAAACCCACAAUUGCUGGCUGCCCCGCUUUUACCACAACGUUCUGGGCAGUUUGCAAAUGGUGUGCACUCGUCGCACAGUACCGGUAAUCUAGCUGGAAUAGGUGCAGCAUCUUACCAUUCGGGUAGCGCGGGUGUCGUCAGUCAGGGUAGUGAUCCUACCUGGAAAGCGUUUGAUCCUCUACUGCAACCACCAGCACCGCCACCCAAGAUUGGCUCCUUCGGAGAGCGUGUGGCCAAUUUCGAACGACCGGCCAAUGUUGCGUCCACCCCGCGAAUCCCGCCAAGACCAUCGUGAGCCUCUCUUGCCCCAACAAGAUCCCAAGAUUUCAAAUGUGAUUAUGAAUGCGACCCACUCUACCCUGCCAAUUUUCACUGGUACCUUGCGCAAGUGUGUCUCUGUACUGUCAUCAUCCUAUCAAGUGUUUCCAACCCCACAUCAGUUCACUCCAGAAAUGUCCUCGCUCAACGUCCCUCACCAAUCCGGUCCAACUUCGUCUUUCUGGAUGCGAGUGGUUUUUUGCAAACUCUUUUAUACAAUACAACUUGCUCAUUGUCUCCGCAUUGAUUGACAAUGUUUUCAGUAGGAAAUGGCCUGUUUAAUUUUAUUUUCAUCGUCUGGGACCAGUUGUCUCAGACCGGAAAAGCUGUGGGAAAAUGACGCACUAACCAUGGUGACCCAAAUCUGACGAUAGCACGUCCGUGCGUAUACUAUUUUUCAGUCUCCUACUUUCUAAUUUCAACCACAAUGCCCACUUCGAUACUCAUUCUCCCUCGCGCACCGGACGGUCCUACGCGCACUAUAUAUACGAAGACCAUCUCAUUUUUGUUUUAUGCACUGCUGCCUAUUGACUUACUGGUUCCUGCUCAUGUUUCACCGACCCACGCCUACGCACAUCCGUAUUUUGAUAUAUUACCAGCACACUUGAUCUUUA